AACAAGAAGCCUGAGAUCAUGGCAGGGAAACCCAAGCUGCACUAUUCCAAUGGAAGGGGGAAGAUGGAGUCAAUCCGAUGGCUGUUAGCAACAGCUGGGGUUGAGUUUGAGGAACAAUUCAUAGAAAAGAAGGAAGACCUAGAAAAAUUACGCAAUGAUGGAUACCUGCUAUUUCAGCAAGUGCCCAUGGUGGAGAUUGAUGGGAUGAAGAUGGUGCAGACAAGAGCCAUUGGCAGCUACAUAGCAGCAAAGUACAACCUCUAUGGGAAAGACCUGAAGGAGAGAGCCUGGAUUGAUAUGUAUGUGGAGGGAACAACAGACCUGAUGGCAAUGAUUAUGUAUCUCCCUUUUCAACCAGCUGAUGCAAGAGAAAAGAAUCUUGCCUUAAUCAUUGAACGAGCUACAACCAGGUACUUUCCUGUUUACGAAAAGGCCUUAAAAGACCAUGGCCAGGAUUAUCUUGUUGGCAACAAAUUAAGCUGGGCAGACGUCCACCUGCUGGAAGCUAUUUUAAUGGCAGAAGAAUGUAAGCCUGAUAUACUGUCUGCAUUCCCUCUGCUCCAGGCUUUCAAAGGAAGAACAAGCAACAUUCCAACAAUCAAAAAAUUCUUGCAGCCUGGCAGUCAGAGGAAGCCACCAACAGAUGAGAAGGCUGUUGCCAUGGUGAAGAAGAUAUACGAUAUGUAAUCAUGUGGCUGCUGCAGAAGAUAAUGCAACCGUAGUAGAUGACCAGAGCCAUGCUUUGCUAAGUGAAAAUUGCAUAGAUGCAUUCUGUAGUUUGCCUCAUA